UAGUCUCAGUAUUAAUGGUUGCUCCAGGAGAAAAAAUUUAUAAAAUAGAGCCAACAAAAGGAAUUACAGAUCCUUUAAAAUUUUCUCAUAAAUUCCCAAAUAUAACUUUAAUUCAAGAUGAUGAAGUGUUUAAUGCUUCUGUAGUUACUGUUGGAGCUCUUGGUGUGACUUAUGAAGUCACUAUCUCAACAAUUCCCUUGUUCAACAUUAUAGAAAGAAGGGAAGAAACUACUUGGACACAUGCUAAAUCUAUCUUAAAACAGAUGCCAUAUUCCACAAACCCUUAUUUGAAAUCCCGUAAUGUUGAAGUUUGGAUAAGCCCCUAUACAGAUUAUGCUUUGAUUACUUUGAGAGAUUUGGCAACAGAUGAUGAUGUAAAAAAACAUCCGAAGCCAGAGGCCACACAACUGUUUCAAGAAUUUAUUGAACUGCCUGUUGUGAAAGAAGUAGCAAAACAUUUGAGUAUUAAAACAGGUGGAGCUUUAUUUUUGUUAUUGCACCUGUUUCCAGCCAUAGUACCAUCAAUCGAUGAAGAAGCCUUGAGGCUUCAAUAUCAUAAGGAUCCUGUUGUUGAUAGUUACGAAUUAAUUUAUAACCCUUUCGGUACUGUGAUUUCAGUUGAAUUUUCAUUUUCAACGAAGAAUGAUAACCAUAUAUUAGCAACCGACGCAAUUUUGAGAACACUUAAAACAAUGAGAGAUAAAAAUCCCAAUUUAACCAUCCAUGGGCCAGCUUCCAUGAGAUUUUCUGCUGCUUCUUCACAAUAUCUUUCUAUGGGGAAUGGAAAAGGCGAUGAAACUAGAGCAUAUUUGGAAAUGAUUAUUUUAGACGUUUGGCUUGAUCAUUAUGAACAUGUGUUUGAUCCAUUGACUGAAACCGCAUUGAAAUAUAAUGCAAGGUGCCAUUGGGGGCAAUACUUUUCUUCUAAACUUGAUCAUAAAUACCUGGUGAAUGCUUAUGGAGCUCAAAACGUUAUUUCAUUUCUUGAACAGCUUAAAAAAUUUGAUCCAAAUGGUACAAUGAGUAACACUUUGUUAAAAAAGUUAGGAUUGACACCCGACGGAAAGGUCACAGAUUAUGGAAUUUUGGAAACUGUAGGCGACAUGGUUAAAGAUGGAUUAGAUGAGUUUCACAAAAUGCUAUCAAAUGUC